UGCCAGCUUUGUUGCGCGCGAUCCGCCCCGUGGCCCAUGGCGGAGUAAGGCCGCCGGCUCGGAGGUGGAGAGAUGCGCUGGCAGGCAUUGCUGUGGCUGGCGAUCCUAGGCCUAGUGCCAGCGUCGGGGGACCUGGCGUUGGUAAGAGCCUUCGCGAGCACCCGCGAGGUGGACGGGCUCCAAAGUGCCUUCGAGCUCUGGGCGGAGGUGGCGCCCUGCGCGAACACUCCUGCCGCGAGCGUGGAUCUGAUUCUGGUCUACAGCCAGAGCCUGGAUGCCAACGCCGACGCCGCGAACGCCACGCGUGCGGUGCAGGACAUCUUCGAUGCCGCGUCCUGGCAGCGCUGCUUCCGGUCCCUGCAGGUCUUUUCUGCCAACCUGACCGAGCAGGAGGACAUUUAUGACUCCCGAGGCUACACAGUGCGCAAGGACUGGGUGAAUGGCCCGAACAGCGUGUUCCGAUACGUCCUGGGUAGCUUCUACGAUGGGGGCUUUGGCAACGGCAGCAACGCGACCUAUGAUGCAUUCUACUUCAUGGAGCUGGACGCCGUUCCCAUCAAGUCCAACUGGCUGGACCAGUUCAUCCUGGAAGCCCUGCACUACCCCCGGGCGGCUGUCCGCGGCAGCCUCUACCGAGGUGAUAGCUGGGAUGCCUUUGAGCGGCGCCUCCCGGAAGAAUUGCUGCGACACAUCAAUGGCAAUGCGAUUUACAACCUCCAGCACCCCUGGCUGCAGUGGCUCUACGGGCAGCUGAUCUUGGAGCAAGAUACAGAAUACAACUCCGUGGCCUUUGAUUUGCGGAUGGCCUCUUUGAGUUUGCAGGGGAAAGCAGGAGUCGAGCCGUACAGUGCAGCAUACGCGGAGCGUGUGCCUGCGGAUGAGGAUGCGUACUUGGCGGACUCUAUGCUGAUUGGAAAUUAUGCGAACACCUUGCUGAACUCGAGCUUCGAGGCCGGGGUCUUUGUGCGCCACGGGUCGCUGGACAACAUCUUCGAGGACCUGGACGGCGCCAAGGUCACUCUGGGCGUCUCCAACUUUGGGAGCAGCUCUUUCGACACCACCUGGCGGAGUUUCAAUUUCAGCCACCCCUUCAGGACGAUUCUGGUCCUGUCCUAUGGCGAGAGCGUCUGGCCGAAUGGCACCGAGGUUCUGGAGACUGUCAGGGGGCCUUCGCAGAUCAAUUCCUCCACCGGUUCCGGUCCCAUUCACCUAGCGUUCUGCGAAAUGGCAGCGCAGGUUUCCACUGAGUUUUUCGUCUACACCGACGAGUUUCACUUCCUGGCUAGCCCGGUUUAUAUCUUGCACAGCGCAGGCUCCCCUGUGCUCCCCUACAUCCACGCGAGUUCCAACGACUGCGUUUCGCGGAACGAGUGCCACUUAUCCCUACAGCAAGCUGAGACUCUUUUUGGGGUCAGCUUGAACUACCACCACGACCUCUUUGAAACCGUGUUCAUCACGGAUCUCGCCCAGCAGUUUUGCUCCGCUUGGGAGCUUGCCACCACAAGCCUUCCGGACUACGAGGACUGCGGGGUCCAGUUCGGACCCACCGCGGACGACUACUUCGCCUGGCAGAUCUCUGUGGGCCAGCAGCUCCAGUACGUGCCCAAGGACAAGGAGAAGGUGGGCUUCCGCGCCUUCUCCAAGCUCUGGAAGCCCACCCCGGUGGAUGCGCGCGUCUGCGCGGUCUACACCCAGCAGCAGUACGACCAGAUGCUGAGCAACAUCUCCCAGUGCUCCCUGGUCCUCGACGGGAGCCUUUGCGAGGAAGCGGGGAACUGCACCUUUCGCCCCAUCUUCGAGUCCGGGCGGUGCAUCGACACGCCAAGGUACACACCAAGCUGGCUAGCCCCGAGCUACAGCACCACCAGCAGUACCACCUCCACCUCUGCCACUGGCACCACAAGCGUCACCGCCACCAGCGCCACCGACACCAGCACCACCACUGGCACAGCCACCAGCACCACUACCGGCACCGGCACUGCAACCAGCACCUCCACCUCCAGCUCAUCGAGGUCCACGAGCAUUUCGAGCACCAGUUCAUCGAUCACAACCAGCACCAGCCUGACGAGUACCAGCGUGACCAGUAGCAGCCUGACAAUCACCAGCACUUCGAGUGUCAGCACUACGCUCACCACGUCAUCCCGAACAUCUUCCUUGACCAGCGCAACGCAGACGACCACCUCGACGUCGCAAACCACAACUUCAGGAACGUACACGGUCCUGGCCGGCAGCUGCCCGCUGCCGAUCCUGGACAGCGCCAUCGACGUCACGGACUGCCUGGGGAAGUUCCCCGGCGAGACCUGCCAAGCCUUCUGCUCGCCGGGCUACGUUGGCGCUCCGAGCACAUACUCCUGCACCACAGGGGAAGUCUUCACUGGCCAAGCGCCGGUGUGCCAGAUCACCACCAGCUCGACCACGGCCACUACCACCGUCACUGAGCUGGUGCUUUGUGGUGGUGGAAUCCCUACGGGCCUUGGUGUGGAUGCCAGCGGCUGUGCGGACAGGUACAAUGGGCAGAGCUGCAAUGCCAGCUGCAUCCAACCCUAUGAGGGCGGCCCCGUGGAGUACGUUUGUGACCCAGCGCAGGCAGCGAUGGUGCCAGUGGGCGACCCCUUGCUGUGCAAGAAGCCCGAGUGCCAGGUCAGCCAGCUGCCAAGCAACGUGAGUUCCAGCGAUUGCGUUGGCAGGACUGUAGGUGAAUUCUGCGUCGUAUCCUGCCUGCCUGGCUACACGGGCCAGGAAGAGUUCUUCGAAUGCCUUCCCUCACAGCUCUUCACGGGCACCGCGCCCGUCUGUGAGGCGUUGCCUUGCGCCGGAGGCAAUCUUCCAGUGAUCCCUGGCGUGAGCAUCAGCGACUGCUUGGGUCUCUUCGCUGGCAGCAGCUGCAGCGUGGCUUGCAGCUUCGGCUUCGAGGGCGCUGCUGCCGCCUACGUCUGCGACCUGCUGGGGGCGUUCAGCGGCAGCCCGCCCACCUGCGUGCCGAAGAGCUGCCCCUUGCCGGCCGAACUCUUGGGCAAUAUCUCCUUCAACUCCUCCUGCGAGGGGGCGACCCAUGGCCAGUCCUGCCUCACCGAGUGCAACCCAGGCUUCACGGGGCUUCCCACGCAGCACCGCUGCUGGGACGGGGUGCUGGAGGGCAGCGCGCCCAGUUGCACAGCGUUGCCAUGCGGUGAAGGCAUUCCUCUGAGCGUCGGCCUGGACGCCUCCGACUGCGACGGUCGGGUGUCGUAUGAGACCUGCACCCUGGGCUGCGACGCGGGCUAUGAGCUGCGAGGCUCUCCCGUGCUCACGUGCCAGAGUGCCACCAGCACGUUCUCAGCCACAGACGCUGUUUGUGACCCGGGGCAGUGCUCAAACCUGUCCUCUGUGCCGCCCUUUGCAGGGCCCAGAGUGGCGGACUCCUGUUCCGCGCUGGCCUUCAGCGAGGCCUGCUUCGCCUUUUGCGAGCAGGGCUACCAGCUGGAGGGCGAUGCCAGCAGCAUGCGAUGUGCAGCGCUCGGCGCAGCUGUGGGCUUCGUCGAGCUCCUGGCAGGUCAGACUCCGAUCGCGGCGGAGAAUUCCACGGGUCCCAACUGCAGCGCUAAGCCGUGCACCCACGGGUUCCCCAAUCUCCGUGGCGGCGUCUCGGACUGCCUGGGCAAAGCGACGGAGGAGACAUGCACCAUCAGUGCGGAGCUGGGAUUCACCCUUACUGGCCCGCCGACUGUGACCUGCCAGGCAGACGGCUCCUUCAGCAAGACCACGGCGUUGGUGGAGCCGGCGGUGUGCGCUGACCCGGACUUCGGGGUUGAGGGCGUCGGCAGCACCUGCACCAACAAGACCGUGGGUGAGGAUUGCUGGGCCUACUGCACUCGUGGAUUUACAGGCCUGCCGCAGCCGUACCGGUGCCAAGCCAACCAGUCGGCCAACGCCGUGCUCAUCGAGCAGUUGGCGGACACCGUGUCCUGCGUGAACAGCAGCCUCUUGAAUGCCACAACCACGUCCACCACCACCACCGUGGCGGGGGGCCGACGUUUGCAAACCGCCGCCUGCUUUGGAGCGUCCGUGGCAACGGCGGGCCUGGGAGACCAGUCCUUCCUGACCGACUGCUCGGGCAAGGUGCACGAUGACGCCUGCGUUGCUCAUUGCUCGCAGGGCUGGAACAUGACUGAGACCGCGCCUUCCAUCUUCCUCUGCGACAACGGUUUCCUGGUGGGUGCUGCCCUGCCAACGUGCACUCCGCUCCCCUGCAGCUACUCCUUUCCGGACGGCCCCGGCGUGGAGCACAAUUGCGACGGGGUGCGCUCAGCGGAGACGUGCACGGCAACCUGCACCGCCGUGGGCUACACCUACUCCAGCGGCAAUUCUGCCGCGACCUUCACCUGCCAGCCUACGGGAAGCUUCACGGGGGACACUCCGACCUGUGAGCGCGUGCAGUGCUCAGACCUGUCCUUGGGCGCGAGCUUUCAGCAUACCUGCAGAGGACAACGCUAUGAGGAUACCUGCUCAGUGGGAUGUGCCAAAGGUUACAGCCUUGUCAGCACCAGCGGGCAGUUCACCUGCCAGGCCAACCAGAGCUUCACUGGGGCACUCCCCACGUGCACGGGGAAUCCCUGCAACCAGCCUCGGAGCAAUGCGGCCUUGAACACGACAGGCUGUAAUUCCGUGACCACCAGCGAGACCUGCGAGGUCACUUGCCAGCCCGGCUUCGAGCCCAACACCUCGAGCCUCACCUGCGACGCCACAGGCUACCUGCUCGGCGCCGCACCCAGCUGCAAACCCUCGCAGUGCCCAACACACAGCGCCCUGCAGGACCCCACGCUGCGGAGCAACUGCGCAGGCGUCACCUACGGCAGCCGCUGCGCGGUGUUUUGCGCGCCAGGGCAUUCAAGCAACGGCAGCGCUGCGGAGGAGUGGCGCUGUGACCUGAGCGGCGGCAGCUUGGGCCUCCAGGGUGUGGCGCCCGUGUGCGAGCCGCAGGCCUGUACCUCGGGCCUGCCGGCGGGCGACAGCUCGGUGAGCAGCAACUGCUCCAACCUGAAGACAGGAGAAACUUGCGUGCAAAACUGCGCCUUCGGGUACAGCAGCACUGCCCCCACCAGCGCCUACACGUGCUCAGAGGACGGCACCGCCUCGGGCAGCUCCGCCGCCUGCCAGCCUGUGCCUUGCGACCACGCCCUGAGCGUCACCGGGCUGGACCACACCUGCGCCGGGGUGGUUUUCGGGGGUCACUGCUUCACCAUGUGCGCGGCGGGGUACAAUGCCACGGGCACCAAGUACCAGCGCUUGCUCUGCGAAGGCGUCAGCGCAGGAUCUUUGGUCCCCGGGCUCACGGAGACCAAUGGCGUAGGGCUCCGGGGGAGUCUCCCCAGCUGCGAGCCCUUGCCCUGUCUCUACAACUUGCCCGUGGGAGGGGUGUACGACCACAACUGUGAUGGGGUCAAGACAGGCGAGAGCUGCGUGGUCUCCUGUGCCGCAGGCUUCUGGGGCACCCCGCAGACCCUGCAGUGCGACGGCACAUCGUCCCUGACAGGCAGCAUGCCCAGCUGCGCAGUGGCGACCUCCACCGUGACUGUCACAACGGUGACCGCCACCAGCACCACCACAGUCACCACGCAGCCCUUCCUCUGCACUUCGGCGUUCUUGCCUUCCAUUGAAGGCGCCUCCAACUUCUCCUGCGCCGGUGAUCCUGGGGUGGGCCAAAUCUGCCGGUCGCCUUGCGACGAUGUGAUGUCGGCGGAUGUGCAAGCGGUGGUCAUCUGCUGGACGGACCAGCGCUGGCGCGUGAGCGAGGCCUGCCUGAGCGCCGCGAGUUCCCAGCAGCUCACCGUGAUCUUCGUGGUGACUUUGAGCGUCCUGUGCACGGUAAUGCUGCUGUCUGGGGGUGUCCUCUACGUCCUGGGCGGCGGCGGCAGCGGCGGCGUGAAGAUUCAUCCCAAGGUCGAGCCACCGCCCUCCUUCGAGCCGAAGGAAGCACCGCCCGGAGGAGCGGAGCCUCUCAAGGAGCCGCCCCCACCGAAGUCAGACGAUCAGCAGCUCCUGGCCGACUACUCCUGGUCAAGGCGCCCGGUGCAUCCCGUGGACAUGGACUUCAUGUGCGCGGAGUCCUUCCUGCAGCCGGGGCAGCUGGUGGCGCGCCCGCCGGCGCUGCCCAUGGCCUUCACCACCAGGGGCCAACCAAGCGCGGGCCUGUCACAGCUGGACGAGAUGUUUGCCGGACCCGAGCCGCCCCAGCUCCAGUCGUUGAGGCAGACCGCAGUAGUGCAGGUUGAGGAGGAUGCUUCCUUCAGGGUGUGGGUGCAGCAUCUGCCACCUGAUACCUCAUCUUAUCAAGCUGGCGAAACUGCCUGAACGCCCGUAACUUCUCAAAUCUCUGCCCGGGUGCUCGUCCGGGCUCGGCUUCCAGCACACUUGAAACGUGAUCCCCAG